AUGGAUUUCAUGGACUUGAGUCUCCGGAAGGGUGUGGUGGGCCUGGCCACAGGUAUGGGUGCCAUCUACCUGCUCUACAAGGCCAUCAAGGCUGGCGUUAACUGUCACUCAACUCUCUCAUCAUCCUCACCCGUCUGCAUUGCCCGCCUGGCCAUUGAGCGUGAGCGGCAUGGAAAGGACUCAGGAGAGCUUCGAAGGCUCCUCAACUCACUGGAAUGCAAACAGGAUGAGUACUCCAAGAGCAUGAUUCUGCACAGCAUCACCCGGUGUGUCUACUUGUUGGAAACCGAAGCCUGCACUUGCACCUUUGAGGACAUCUGUUUGGUGGCCUCCCAGCUUGAUGACAAGGACAACAAUGUCAAAAUCCAAGCUCUCAAUGCCCUGAAGGCUUUUUCUGGUAUAAGGAAGUUCAGGCUCAAGAUCCAGCUCCCUGGGCCCUGCAACAUGGGCUUUGAAGCUGGUCAGAGUCUGUCUCCCCUGGCAAUGCUCGGGGACCACGAUGGGCACGGUGACUCUGCUGGCGAAGAUGCUCCAAGCACGGGUACGCUGGCAACAGGAUUGGCGGGGAGGGCUGGGAGCGCUACCAGUUACAUUUAG